AUGAAGGACGAAAUUAAACUGGCUAAACGACAAAGGAGGAAAGCUAAAAGGAAAUGGAGAGCCUCUAAAGCACACAUCGAUUUACUGUCUUACCGUACUAUGAGAAAUCGUGUGACAUUUCUGAGUAACAAGGCUCGUAGUGACUAUUAUACCAACUUCAUAUCUGAGAAAAGCACAGACCAAAGAAGGUUAUUUAGAGCAAGCAAGUCCUUGCUAAAUUUAUCGAAAGGUUCUGGCCUUCAAUUAUCUACCAAUUAUUAUCAGUUGGCUAAUGAUUUUGGACAAUUCUUCGCCCAAAAAAUUGCUGGUAUCAGGUCUAAUAUCAGGUCUGUUAGUACAAACCAGAUCAGCCUUCCUGUCAACGCAACUAGUACUGUAGCUGCUUCCUGUUUUUCAGAAUUUAAUCUGUUGUCUGAA